AUGCUCUCCCUGCGCCGUCCCUCUCCCGGUCCUAGUCAUUCCCGGCGAGCAUCUCCCAAGCGGCAACCUCUCCGCGAGCACUCCCAAUCCCGCACAAACGAAUUGGCCCGUCCGAGCAUCCGCAUAAUUGAUGAAGAUACCGCCGCCGCAUAUUUCAAAUCCCCCUUCCCGAGCCACCCUUCCCACAUCUUGCGCCCACACAAUGCGCCCGAUUCCAUCUUCGAAGACAAGGAUGUGCGAGUUUCAGCCGACACCUCUGCGUCCAAUGUUGUAACCACCGGCAGUCCGGACGACGGCCUGAUUCCUCAACCUCUGAAACCGCGAAAGUCCCCUUCAGACCGUCAAUCGACCUCCACCAGCUCCGAAGCGGGUACCUUUCGAACGACUGGUUCUCCCUAUACGCCCUCAUCCAGUCGCUUCUCCCAGGCCUCUACUCCCCCGUCGUCCCUAGCCACUGGUGAUGAGGACUUCCUUGAAGGAGUCUUGAGUAACGUCCAGGAAGCGAAUCCAUCUAGCAUAAGACUCGUCGCCUCCGAUCCACUAUCAUCUUCCCCGACCCCUACAUCGCAUAUCGAUCACGCCCGAAGACUGAACGAACAGCGAUCCGGAAGCUCUCUCGCAUCUUCUGCAACGUCGGAUGCCUUGACCAUUCGUCAUCCAGAGGGUCCGCAUACCACGGUCUCAUCCUCCCCACCGUCCUCGCCGAACUUUAUCGUCCAUUCUACACCCGGCAAGCACCAACGCUCGGUAUCUUCGCUCAGCGCUCGAAGCUCGAAGUCGGCUUCGCCGUCGAGUAAGCACAGUGGAGGAACCAUCGUCAAGCACUCAGCGGAGUCGCUAGGUAGAUCCGACUCUUCCUCGACCGGCAACUCGGAUCGUCCUCGGUCAGCCUCGAGUCCUGUGACUCCUUUACGCUCCGCCAUCCGGCUUGCGGUCGAGACCGGAGUCCCGAUCCAGUACCCAAUUGUUCGACAAUCUCCAGCGAGCAAUUCAUGGGCCUCGUCGUCCACGGUCUCACCACGCGUUUCCCCACGAAUGAACGACGGGCCAUCCCGAGCGCAAUGGAGCUCUCGUCUCUCCACGAUACCGUCCGAGACAGAGUCGCGCCCGUCCCACUCUUUUUCCAUACCUCAUGAGAAAGAAGAGGGUCGGGAGAGCGGGGAUAUCUUGGAUGGCCUCUACCGCGAGCGCUCAUCUAGCCCGAGGCGGUGGGGGCGUCCCGAGAGCGAGUCAUCUAACGGUGGCCUUCGAUCAAUUGCUAGCGAGUCAACCAUGCCAUCUGUUGCGGCUCCUGCGCCCCUCUUCUCUACGCAAUAUUUAUCGCCAUCGUCUACGGUCCCGUCCGGUCGUGACUCGGAAGAACAAGAUGACCAUGUCGCCGAUCUUCCGUCUCCACAACUGCGCCAACAGCGAUCGGGUUAUUUCAGGAGAUAUUCUGAUACGUUGUCGAGGCCGACUUCGUCAGGAUCUACGUACUCGGCGAGAAGCUCCGCACCGAGCGUUAUCGCUAGCACGCUACCGGCAUGGGCAAGGGCAUAUUAUCGUGGUUCUGUCCUGCUACCACCCACAUCAUCGCAUUCCAAUGUCGCGUUCCCGAUUUCUUUUCCGCCGGAGACGUCAACGCCACCCCAGACAGUCCCGUCGACUUCCAUCAUCCGUCAAACGACUUCCGCCUCGGCUCGGUCAACCAGUCCCUCCGCUCACUUUCCGUUAUCCCUAUUCCAUCCCCGAAAGCGCCCGCGACAAUCCAACCUCCGCGGUGCCGCCGCGACCUCCCCUACUGGCGUGUCACGAUUAUCACCCACGCCCGAGCACCCGGACCAGUCUCGACGCUCCGUGCUUCGACGCUCUAAAAGAUUUUCAAUCAUUUCCAGGCGCGUGCGAAUGUCGUCGGCACGUAGUUCGCAGCUUCCCCCGCCUUCGCCUCCGCGCACACCCUCUCCAACCCUCUCCGACCUGCCCACCGACCCCGCGGUCACUGAUACGCGUCUCGCUUCCGAUGACCCAUCCGCAGUCGAAUCAUUUGCCGCCCGUCAGUCUCGCACUGCUCGGCUGACCGCGCUUUCCCUCCGCCCUCCACAGCCACAGUAUCUCUCGGGAGCAAUCCCAGGGCUCAGCCUCAACUCGCCACGAUUGCCUCGUGACCGUCGCAGCGCCGGGCGGAUGUCCGUCUGGGUUACCCCGAGUCUCGACGAGCCGAUUGGACCGCGUGCCGUGUUUGGCGGCGUCGGCCGGCAGAUCGCCCUCUUCGCCGUCGGGUUCGUCUUCCCGCCGGCCUGGUACGUCGGCGCUCUGCUGCCGUUGCCGCAGCGGCCUACCGCUCGGUACGACGAGAGCGAUGUCGAGGCCGGUGGACCGGCUGCGGCGCUAGCUGGCUUGGAAGGAACCACGGCAGAGAAGGCACCCAAGCGUAGCAAGCAGACGGGGAAAGCAAAAGUGCGGACGGAUACCGUCGGCGUUGAUGAUCCCAAUGCUCCGCCCACCCGUCCUAGCUACGACGCGGAUAUCCAGCAAGCGCUCGCACUUCGGCUAGACGCUUAUGAAGAGAAGCAGUUUCUCAAGGCCCGAUGGUGGCGGAAUCUGAACCGUAUCAUGUGUGUGGUCGGGCUGUUGCUGAUCGGUGCCGUGAUUGCAUUGGCCGUGGUCGGAACGAGGAUGCGGGACGGACGAAUGUAA